UUUGCCAUUUUAAAAGAAAAUUAUAGCAGUUGAUUGUUCUUAUUAGGUUUCGAGCUUUGAGGGGUUUUGCCUUUGACCAAAAGGCUCACUUCUCUUUGUGUCUUUUCCAAUUCAAUUUGGUGGGAAACGCCAAAAGUCAACAGACAACGAAUGCAUUUGGAUUCAAUUUCUCUAUACAGGUAUUAGACACUUGAACGUCCUCCGUAUUACAUUAUGGAACUGUUGUCCCUGGCUAACUGAUAUAAGAAAUAUUCCAAGGAGCAGCAAAACACUGAAACUUGUUUAGGAAAUUAUGGAGUGCAAUAGAGACGAGGCCAUCAGGGCAAAAGUAAUCGCUGAGAGAAAGUUGACAGAGAAGGAUUUAGCUGGUGCAAAGAAAUUUACCUUGAAAGCCCAAAGUUUGUAUCCUGGACUUGAGGGUCUUUCCCAGCUGUUGACAACAGUUGAUGUGUACAUCUCUGCAGAGAAUAAAGUAAGUGGGGAAGUGGAUUGGUAUGGGGUACUUGGUGUAAAUCCCUCGGCAGAUGAUGAUACAGUGAAGAAACAGUAUAGGAAGCUCGCUCUCAUACUUCACCCUGAUAAAAAUAAAUCAGUGGGUGCAGAUGGUGCAUUUAAACUUCUUUCAGAAGCCUGGAGUUUAUUAUCUGAUAAGACCAAAAGAUUGGCAUAUAAUCAAAGGAGAAGUUUAAAAGGAUUCCAACAGAAAGCUCCAGCCCAGAGUAAGGGUCCACCAUCAGCACCAUCGGUUGUAAAUGGUUUUCACAAUUUUACAAAUAAUGCAACUUCAAAUGUCAAGACUCAGAGCAAAAGCACACGGUUGUUUACCACCACUGCUCCACCUCCAUCCCAUCGAAGAACGGAUACUUUUUGGACUAUUUGCAACCGAUGCAAGAUGCAUUACGAAUAUCUUAAGAUAUAUCUCAACCACACUCUCCUUUGCCCCAACUGUCGUGAGGCUUUUACAGCUUCUGAGAUGUCUCCUCCAAUCAAUUUUUCUCAGUCCAAUUUAUCUUCUCGCCAAAGGCAUCAAAAUUCUAGCCAUCAUGUAACUAAUACUAAUCCAUUUGAUCCUGGAAGAAAUGCUGCAACUGCUCAAAAUUUAGGACCAGGAGUAUCGGCAGGUAUUAAUUCGUUUAAUCACACACACGUCCAUAGGGGUCCGUUCUCCAGAAUGGCUGGUGUUGGUAGCACGGUUACCUCACCUUCUACUGCUGCAAAAGCUGCAAAUGUUAUUCAGCAGGCAAAUGAGAAAGUGAAAAGAGAGCGUGAGGAAGCAGAGACUGCUGCCUGGUGGGAGAAGAGCUAUGCUUCUAGCUCAGUUCUCAAAGGAGAGAGACCUUGGAAAAAGAAAAGAGGACCAGAUGAUGAUCAUAAUGGAUAUCGCAGCAAUGUGCCUUAUCAAAUGACCAUGGGGAAUAGCAGUGGUGGCACAGGAAGCAUUUCUGGAUUACGAAAGAGUAAUUAUGAAUCAGAAAGGGCCUAUGGUUUUUCUGGUAUUAAUAAUAAGCCUAACAGCACUAGAGAGUUGACAUUGCUUGAAACCCGAAACAUGCUGAUGGAGAAGGCGUGGAGGGAAAUUCGCAAGAAGUUAACUGAUUGGCGUUUGGAUGCUGCAGCCAAGGCUGCAGAAAAAGAAAAGAAAGUGAAAGAGAGUAAAAAGGAAAGGGUGGGUGCAGUGAAGGGCGAUACACAUGAUCCAAAUGGGUUUGGUGAGUCUUUUGGAACUAAGAGAGGGGACCAAGCCAAGAUGAGUAUUCAGAGCCCUUCUGUUGAUGAUACAGAUAAGGAGGAACUUGCACCAACAUCGAUGGAUGUUCCAGAUCCUGAUUUUCAUGAUUUUGACCUGGACAGGACGGAAAGUUGUUUCAGUGAUAACCAGGUCUGGGCUGCUUAUGAUGAUGAUGAUGGCAUGCCUCGUUUCUAUGCUAUUAUUCAUAAAGUAGUCUCCUUGAAGCCAUUCAAGAUGCGAAUCAGUUGGCUUAAUUCAAAAACCACCAAUGAAUUUGGUCCUGUAAACUGGAUAGGUUCUGGUUUCUCUAAAACUUGUGGGGAAUUUAGGGUUGGCAAACAUGAAAUCAAUAAAUCACUGAAUUCUUUUUCACACAAGGUUAAGUGGACAAAAGGCACACGUGGGGCUGUUUGUAUAUUCCCCCAAAAGGGGGAUGUGUGGGCUUUAUACAGAAACUGGUCACCUGAUUGGAAUGAGCAUACCCCAGAUGAAGUGAUACACAAGUAUGACAUGGUGGAAGUGCUCGAUGAUUAUAAUGAGGAUCAAGGUGUUUCUGUUACCCCUCUUGUCAAGGUAGCUGGUUUCAGGACAGUAUUCCAUCCUCAUCUGGACCCUGUGAAAGUAAGGAGGAUUCGGAAAGAAGAGAUGUUUAGAUUCUCUCAUCAGGUUCCUAACUACUUGCUUACAGGCCAAGAAGCUCAAAAUGCUCCACAGGGCUGCCAGGAGCUAGAUCCAGCUGCUUCACCUUUGGAACUUCUCCAGGUAAUAACAGAAGCUAACGAGGUACCUAUGGUGGAGAAUGGUGGAAAAGUUGAGGGAGAGACAUUGCUGAGUACCCUAGAGAAUCAGAAAGAUGAGAUAAUGGAUAAUUCAACAAAUGGUGAGGAAGAAGUUAUGGUAGAGAAUGUUGAAGGACCCAAGGCAGGGGAGACAAUGGUUUAUAAGAAAAGAACCAAGGAAGCAGCAGCAGUAGAUAAUGCAUGAAAAAACUGAGGAGAUUAUGAAGAUUACUCUGAGAUACAUUCAGUAGUUGAGUUUUGGGGUAUGCGGGCCCAACAAGAAUUGAAAGGGAAUGGCAUCUAGGUACAGUAGGUGGAUUGAAAGUGAAAGCUGACAUUCUUGCUUUUUGUGGCUAUUUAGCAUUCAGACUCUGUUAGAACUCAUGUAUGGCCAUCAGCAGAUCAGGUAUAACCCAGUUUUUUUUUCUUCAAACUGAAUAUAGUCUACAAUAUGAAGAUACAUUGUUCUUGUUCCUUAUAUAGGUAAAAGAUGAGUGCUUCCCUACCUUUUGGAUAUAUCUUUUAAGGUUGGGGCUGCAUACUUUUUGUUCUUGGUCGUUAUAUUUCUAUCCAGAACCAUCUACUAGUUGCAGCUUUUUUCAAUGAAGUAUAUAUCAAUGAGCUGCUUUACUUCUA